GGAGACGACGGAUUUCCCGCAGGACAAUGUGAGGCGCAGAGAGUUGAUCCAACGUAGUUAGCGACCAGCCAACCAGUCAAGAUGGAAGUUUGGGAUUAAUAAAUCGUUUUGCAGUUGCGUUACAAUUCAAUCGCAGUGGAAUAUUUUCAUUUCUAUCGAAGGAAGUAGCCGCAGCGAUGGGAAUACUGCGCUGAGGCGAAGCGGCGACAGGGCCAAGAAAAGGGAGAAAGAUGGGUGUCGUGCUGCGGACUCUGUUGUUUAGUAGUUUUUGUUUUCUCAUACGAGCUGUGCCUCUGCUGCUAUAUGCCAACAGACGAGACCUCCGGGUUGUGGAUGUGGCACAUGAGAAGGCCAACGCUACAGUGGUGGUUGGCGGGCUGGAAGAUGCUGCUGCAGUGGACUAUGUCUUCUCACAGGGGUUUAUUUAUUGGAGCGAUGUUAGUGAAGAGGCUAUUAAACGCACUGUCUACAACCAGUCAGGGGCCAGUGUGGUACAGACAGUUAUUGCAGGCUUGGCCUCUCCAGAUGGACUUGCCUGUGAUUGGUUAGGAAAUAAACUUUAUUGGACAGACUCAGAAACCAAUCGAAUUGAGGUAUCCGAACUGGAUGGAUCUCUGAGAAAAGUCCUAUUCUGGCAGGAGCUCGAUCAGCCCCGGGCCAUUGCUCUGGAUCCAACACGAGGGUAA